AUGCCAAGUUUGAGAGGGGACGAAAACAGAAGUCCACACUUAUCUCGAACGGUGAACCUGGACGAUUCACCGGUGUCUGAACACAUCAAUGAAAACACACUUAAUUGUGAAGAUACUAUAGAUAAUAACAGUGUUCCAAACACCGUCAAUGAUACCAGUAACGACGAUAUUGAAAUUACCGGCUAUGUCCCCAUCAGGAGGAGCACGCCCGGUACGCCGACGUUGCCAACUUUAGCCCAUUUGUUACGACAUCAGCAUUCACAACUGGAAAAUGCGCAGUUAGAACGUAGGAGAGCCAGAGAAAGGAUGCGUGAACAAAGGCGGGAGGCAAGACUAAGGCGCCAGUUGGCAAACGAUGAAGAUCAUCGAAUACCAGUCCCGAGUAGGUCCUUCAAUACAAUCUACACAAAUCCAAAUACACAUAUCCAUGUUGAGGCGGGUCAGUUGGGGCCUAUAUCGCUAGAUUCUGACUCUGAUGUUGAGGACGUUUCCGAGAGUUUUACAAUUACGGAGCAGCCAAGAACACAUACAGGAAUGGCACUGUCUGCUGAUGAAGAGUCGAUCAACCACGCCAGAAUAGAGCAGAGGCGACACAUACGUGAAAUGCUGGAUAGAAAUGGAAACUCACAAACGACGGGGGAGGUUCAUGAAAUUGCAGAUGAUAACCACAUUGAUGAUGAUGAAAUUGAAAUCCUGGGAGAAGGACACACCCCCGAUGUUGAAAUUGUGGGUGAAAGUGAAGCUCCAGAUAUUCAAGUGUUGUCCAGUAGAAAUGCAGGCUUCUCCUUAUAUACUCCCUCGGGACCUUUAUUUGUGCCUAGUACGGAAACACGAAUGGGAGGUGGAAUACGGAGCAGAUUUGGUACAGAUGCUAGGGUUGAGAGUCACAGAACUAGGCAACGGAGAAACCUUCGAUCAUUUGUUAGGCCAGAUCGAGGACUAUCACAAAAUGAUUUGCGUUUAAGGCAAUUAGAAGCCAAUAGAAGAGCUAGAGAAGCAGUAAGUAACGGUGGUAUAAUUAGUGAGGGAGCUAGAGCUAGAGUCCGGGAAGUUAUGAACUCCGCCUUAUCAGGGGUUGAUGCUAAUCUCUCAUUGGCUCAGCGUCAGCUCCUUGAACUUCUACACAUAAGAACUUUAAGUAGGAGUAACUCAGUACCGAGUUUAGGAGAUGAGUUGAGCCCAAUGAGCUUAUAUUCGUCUAUUAUGAAUUAUAAUGGGUGGGGAGGAGACUCUUCAUCUGGUACUAUCAAUCAAUCAGAUGAAAUCCCCCAAGACGUUAUGGAGAUCUUGCGAAGUAGAGAUGAGGCAAGAGAGAAUCAGCGCAUUAAUGCAAGAAGGAAAGUGGCUGAGAGGGAACGUGUCAAGAAGGAAAUCGAGUCGGAAAUUCCGAAUUCGUUACAAGACAAGUUCAGUACCGAUUUAGUUGUUUGUGAUCGAGACAAUGUCUGUGUCCUAUGCGGCGUUACGCUUCUGGAAGGCAUUCCUCGUACGUUUAUUGGUACAAACGACAAAGAAGCCAAUAAAGAUGAAAUUAACCAACUUCUCAAGGAAAACUUCAAAUCUCCCUUCAAUGGAUGCAACAGAUACACCGAACUGGACAUUAGUUUGUCAAGGAAGGUGUUCUUUACUAGCUGUGGGCACAUGUACUGCGGUAGAUAUAUGAGGAACAUCACUAGUUUCAGGUUGAAGUCUCUCAAAGAAAGAAAGAUUGCUUUGGGAUGCAAUGCAAAUAUCGAUCAAAAAACAUCUGCAGAGACAGAUUUCGGGCAUCCUGCAUUUUCUGCGCCACUCAAGUGUGUAGCAGAGGGAUGUUCUAAAAAGUUUAUUGGCAAAACACCAUUCAAGGAGGUAUAUCUAUAG